AUGGGACAGAGUGACUUGAGACGGGACGACGCGGCACGGCAUGGGACAGAGCGACACGAGACGGGUCGAUAUGGCACGAGACAGAACGGAGCGACACGACAUGGGAAGGGACGGGGCGACACGGCGCGGCACGGGACAGCGCGGCUUGGGAAGGGGCAAUCGGUGCCCGGGGUCCGGCCGGGGCUGGGAGGGCUCCGGAGCCCGGGGGGUCCCUCCGGCGCGAGUGAUCACCCCGUGGCGCUGGCUUCAGCGGCGCCGGCCUCACGGCUCUGGUGCCCUCUCGCCCUGCAGGCGUGCGACAGAGACCAGCAGUGCGGAGCGAGGAUGUGCUGCGCCGUCAGCCUGUGGAUCCGCAGCCUGCGGAUGUGCACGCCCAUGGGGAGCGCGGGAGAGGAGUGCCACCCCCUGAGCCACCGCGUGCCCUUCUCCGGGCGCAGGAUGCACCACACGUGCCCGUGCCGGCCCGGCCUGGCCUGCACACGGAUCUCGCAGAGCAAAUUCAAGUGUUUACCCAACUUCAGGAAAGAAGAUAUCUUUUUUUAG